AUGAGUACACAACGAUUAACAUCGAGUGGUGGUGGCAACAAUCACGCCAUUCAAUCAUACUAUAGUACAGAGGCUUCUCCGUAUGACCCAUCCCAAUUUCAAAAUGAUGAAGCAAAUUUGACCGAGUUAACUCAUGAUGACAAUGAUAAAAGCAAACAAUCAAAGUUUAAAGAAUCAAUUUUGUUGUACGUUGCGACUGUAGUCAUGGUUUUGGCAAGAAGUGUCGAUUUUGUACUCUAUGUGAGAAUGACUAAAAAGAUGAGAAAUUACGAAUACAUGUUGGCCGAUGUUUUCCUGAGUUUGGGAUUUUGUUUCGUAUCUUGGCCAGUGACUUGGUUCAAAAUGUACAGAGGAACUAUCAGCAAGGAAAUGCGUACAUUCCCAUCCUAUAAGUUUAUUGUUAUGGGUAUUAUGGACAGUUUGAACACAUUGAUUUCUACAAUUCCAUCAGCACUUGUGAGUGGACCUGUCAACGUUUUGAUGAGUCAAAGUGUCGUUUUUAUUAACAUGGUUGCCAGUUUCUUCUUUUUACAUUUCCGUUACAAUGUUUAUCACAUCGGAGGUGUUUUGCUUGUCAUGAUUGGUAUUAUUAUUGAUAUUUUCCCAAUGUUUGCCAAUAGUGCUGGAGGUGAUGAUCCAAAUGCUUGGUUGUGGAUUUUACUCUUGUUCGUUGCUAACAUUCCAGCUGCUGCUUCCAAUGUUUAUAAGGAAAAGUAUUUGAAGGAAGCUAAUUUGGAUGUCUUUUAUUUGAACUCUUGGGUAGCUCUUUAUCAAUUCAUUUUUGGUCUCAUGUCUGCCUUUACAGUUUUCAUUCCUCUUCCAGAUGGUUCAGGUGGUACAUCCUAUGUUAAUCCAGCCAAUUUGUAUGAAUAUAUCUGGAGUGGUAUCAAGUGUUUCUUUGGUUUCAAUUCUGUCUUGUCUGAUCAAUGUGAAUACUUCUGGGCUGUCUUUAUGAUUUUCAUUUGUUUCAACAUGACCUACAAUAUUUUAUUGUUGAUUGUUUUCAAGAGAGGUAGUUCAACACUUGCUGUAGUUGCCUCAGUUGCUCGUUUGGCUCUCUCCAACUUUGGUUUCUUGAUUAAGUUCCUUGCUGGUGAAGCUUACCUUGCUGCUUUGAGUCCAUUUGAUAUUAUUGCCCUUGUUAUUUUGAUUUUGGGUAUUAUUAUUUAUUCUCUUACAACUGAAAAGGUUGCUGAAAGUAACGACCCACUUCUUAAAGCGUACAAUUAUUGUUGGUCAUUCUUGCCAUCUUUCAAUAGAAAGAAGAACAAGAACGCCUUUGAUGACGAAGAAGAUGUUUAUCAUUAA